AUGCCUACUACAUCCUCGGAGCAGCUUGCAGACUUGGCGGGAACGACUGUCAUUGUUCAUCCGUUAGUACUGCUCUCUGUUGCGGACCACCACGCAAGGUCGGCAGCCCGAGCUCCCAACAAGCGAGUAGUGGGUGUCUUAUUAGGGCAGGAUAAUGGCAAGACAGUCAACGUCGCCAAUUCUUUUGCAAUCCCAUUCGAGGAAGACGAGAAGGAUUCAAAGACAUGGUUCUUGGACCAUAAUUAUAUUGAAGGGAUGUGGGACAUGUUUAAGAAGGUGAACGCUCGGGAAAGGAUGAUUGGCUGGUACCACUCUGGACCAAAACUGCGUGCAUCGGACCAAGAAAUCAAUGACCUCUUUAAGCAAUUCAUUCCUCGCCCCGUCAUGGUCAUUGUAAAUGUACGACAAAUGGACGAGAGCAUUCCAACAGACGCUUACUUUGCCGUAGAGAAGAUUAAGGAUGACGGAACAGAGACACAAAAAACAUUCUUCCAUGUGCCCUCUGCGAUAGAGGCUGAAGAGGCAGAGGAGAUUGGCGUUGAGCACUUGUUGCGAGACAUCAAAGAUAGUACGACUACCACCCUCGCAACUCGUGUCAGCAACCAGCUAGCAAGUCUCCGUGGUCUGAGUGCUCGCCUCCGAGAAAUUAGUGCAUACCUCAAACGCGCCUCACAACCCCCUGGUGAAUCUGGAGCGCUCCCUCCCAAUCAUCAAAUUUCGUAUCAACUGCAGGACGCACUGUCUCUUUUACCCGAUUUGGAUAACCCAGAUACGACAAGGAGCUUUACGACUGCGACGAACGACCAGUUGUUGGUGGUUUACUUGAGUAGCUUGGUCAGGGCAGUCAUUGCUCUUCAUGCGCUAGUCGACAACAAAGCAGCCAAUGGUCGUGCGGAGUUGGAAGAGGGAAAGGAGAAGACGAAGGAAGAGAAGAAGGAAGAGGUCAAGAAGGAUGAAACAAAAGUUGAGAAGGAAGGUGGUGCUGCAGAAGGAGGGAAGCGCGCAUAG